AUGUCUGACAGCGCAUCAACUUCAGGGACCGGAUUUACAUGCUCCCGCUGCAGCAAGACGUACAAGCGACGAGAACACCUCCAGCGCCACGCUGCAUCCCACAGUACCCUCCGACCUCACAGAUGUAGUUUCUGUGGCCAAUCAUACCAACGGGCGGAUGUUCUCAGGCGACAUGUUCUAGCUUGUCAGACCAAAGUUAGGGCCGGAGAGGCAUUGGCUACAGUGUCCAGAAGCCGACGAGCAUGCGAUCUCUGCGUUCAGCAGAAGAAGGCCUGUAGCACUGGGCAGCCAUGUGAACAUUGCCGCCGGAAGUCGGUCCAAUGCAUUUACUCUUUUAGCGACGGUGUAGUAACAGAGAAUAACUUGCUCGAAGGCCAGGAUGACAAGCGAUACGGUGACGAAACUAACUCACCGACCGUGGUAUUUGGAGAUGAUACGCUAUUCGAUUAUCUUGGCAACUAUACUUCAGUAUCUGAUAUGCUUCAAGAAUCAGAUAACAACCAAGACUGGUUGGACUUCAUCAACCUCGCCGCCGGUCAUUUUCAGAUAACACCCACCAGUCCCCGGACGCACCUAGACAAUUACACCUUUCAUUUUCUCGACAAUUUCACGAGGAAAUCCGGGCUGGUGGACUCAUUUGAUUGCGGAACAUUUGAACAGCGAGUGCAGGUCGAAGCAUCUCACCGGUCAGUAGAAGGCCAUGAUACACGGACUACUGAGCUGGACGAACUUGUACACCUCAAUAGCUCAUCAAGGGAUCUUCCGCGAAUACCGGCAUUGGAUCUUCAUGACCCCCUCAUCAUCCAAACCCACCAGAUACUUCUAGACAUCAAAGAAGUCGUUACCGUCAAACCUAGAAACAGUGUAGUUGAGCUGGAAUGGUCGACUAUUCUAGAACAGACGUGUAUCCAAUUCUUUACUCCGCUCAAUUUACGGAAAUAUCUUGCACUAUUCUGGCAUAUAUGGCACCCUAACGUCAACUUUGUGCACCGGCCUACGUUUGACCCAGUGACCUCGAAGUCAAUUCUUGUGGCUUGCAUGGCUUUGGUAGGCGCAAGUGUAUCGCCCAGCAAGACUGAUAACGAACAGGCCAAGAUCUGGUUCAACUGUGUUGAGGAAAUGGUCUUUACUGAUGACGACUUUUGCAAUGAUCCUCUAAACAACCAGGAAACUCUGUUGCUAAACCCGAUCCAAAACCUUUCGAAGAUCCAAGCCCUCCAGGCAGCAUACAUGGUUUGUCUGUAUCAGGGCUGGGAGGGAACAGAGGCCAGCAAACGACGAAUCCGUCGAUACAGGUUCAGUACGAUGGCAAGAGACUUUGGUAUUAUGUCUGCCAGGCACCCGGACUACUCUUCGGGCCUACAUGACACAUUUGCUUGGAGAGACUUUGCUGCACGAGAACAACUUAUACGGAUCUUUCUUUGGAUAUAUCUUCUAGACCAUGCAUUCGUGAUCUUCAACAAUCUACCCCCCAGGAUGGUCAUCAAAGAAAUGAGCAUGCACAUGGCAUUUCCUGAAGCAGCCUUCCAAGCCAGCACACCAACAGAAUGCGCCCGAGAAUUACAAAAGUGGCACUUGCAAUCCACAUUGAUGAAAAACAUAACCUUUCGUGAGGUUGUUGAGAGAUUCUGUGGAAAGCCUUUCUCGAAUGACAUGCGACAGCUCUUUGCCGAUCUUGGACCCCUCAACCUCUUCGCAGUUGUAUCUGCCUUCCAUGCACUGAUAUUUCAACAUCAAAAUUCCUUUGGCGGCCAUGAUCAACUGCAGGCAGUUCGCAACGCUCUCGACAACUGGAAAUCAGCUUGGGAAACGUACUCUGAUGAAUUCUCGCUCUCACCGCCUCAUGUCAUGGUUGACAGGGAUAAUGUGGCAACGGAGAAUCUCUGGAGGAGAGUAGGCUUUAUGCGCCAUUCUCCAGAAUAUUGGCUCCUGGGGAAACUGCUGCUUGAUCGGCUCUCAACGUCAGGCGAUUCAUUGGGAAGCCCUGAGUCUGCGGAGCCUGAUGCGGGUGGUUCAGGACACGAACCAAUUCUUACGAGGUAUGAUCAGACGACACUCGUCGCACCAGCCUUGGAUGGCAGUUUUGAACUGAAAGAAGUCUUCUUGGAUUCUCUGCAGCCAGAUGAAGCACUUGUAGAGAUACACGCCUCUGGCGUCUGCCAUACUGAUCUUUCCUGUGCAAGUGGGAAAUUGCCAUGCGCACCAAACGCCGUUCUUGGUCACGAAGGCGGAGGCGUUGUUCUCGAGAUAGGCGCAAAUGUCACCUCCGUCUCACCAGGCGACAAAGUUCUUUUGUCAUUCUCAUCCUGUGGCUCUUGUCCUGGAUGCAAAUCAGACCAUCCAGCGUAUUGCUACAGCUUCAACGAUUACAACUUUGGCGGUAAACGCCCAGAUGGAUCAGCUGCCAUGUCCAUUAUGAAAGAUGGGAAAAAGCAAUCAUGUUACAGCACCUUCUUCGGCCAAAGCUCCUUUGCGGCGCGAACUAUUGUUCACCGAUCGAGCAUUGUCAGAGUACCUCAGCAAACACCACUUGACCUCUUUGCGCCGCUGGGAUGCGGCAUACAGACAGGCGUCGGUGCUGUAUUCAACACCUUGGAUGUCAAGCCUGGGCGCUCCAUUGCGAUCUUCGGCGUGGGGUCUGUUGGCUUGGCGGCUGUGAUGGCUGCAAAGGCGCGAAAGGCCAGCAGUAUUAUCGCCAUCGACCUGCAGCCAGGGCGAUUGGAACUCGCCAAAGAGCUAGGUGCCACGGAUGGGGUGCUCGGCCCCGAUCAAGAAUACAUCAUCAAGGCGAUAAAGAACAUCUGUCCGCCUCUUGGUGUCGACUUUGCAGUAGAUUGUACUGGCGUCCCUUCCAUCAUCGAAACUAUGGUCGCUUCGUUGGGCAUGAGGGGCAGAGCCGCUACGGUCGGCGCACCUGGAGGCAACGCGCAUGCUAAGAUAGAUAUCAUGAGUCAACUUACCUACGGAAAAGAGUACGUGGGUUGCUCUGAGGGUGACAGCAAUCCUGGGGUUCUUAUUCCUGAGCUCAUCGAAAUGCAUUCCAAUGGCCUUCUGCCGCUAGAGAAGCUGAUUGCGUACUAUGAUAUCAAGGACUACCAGAAGGCUAUGGCCGAUAUGAAGAGCGGCAAAGUCAUUAAACCAGUCUUGAAAUGGACUGGCUAG